GAUGUUUUUGUUUUUGACAGCGGGCGUAAUGGGCAACAUUGUGCCCAGAGGUGUGAACACUAUCCCCACUGGAGAGUGGGUAACAGUUGUCACGUGUUUCUUCUUUGUUCCAAUCGGGGUGAUUGUUCAACUUUCACUCUGGAAAAACGACGACGAGAAGCACGUGGUGAGGGAGAUGCAAAAAGCUGCAGGGCAGGCCAACGCCAUCCUCCAAGAGGAGAAGCUCCUGUUGGGCUGUCGUUCCAAUUCCAAAAUAUAUGUGGUCUAUGUUUCUCUGGACGGAUGCAAGGGCGAGUUUGAGGAGACAUUUGAGCAGCAGGUCAGCCCAGACGAGGUCUUCAAAAGAGCUCUGCUCAUGUUCUCGUCAGGUUACGCCUGCUGCCUCGCUAAAAGACACUUCCCCUUCCCUCAGCCGGACUCCCAUCUGGGUCACCUGGAGGGAGGGGUGUGUUUUUGUCAGUACAUCUCCCAGCAGCUGAGCCGGGGGGAGUGGAAGUGAGAGUAGUUGACAGUGAGCACCGACUUCACAUUUCAGCAUUUUAUUACAUCUUCUCGAGGGACAAUAAUAAAGAAAGCCAGGGUUGGUUGGGCAUUUUAGGUCAAUUUUUUUUUCCAGCUUCUGGAUCACUGUUGGGUGUAAGGUCCAUCAUAUUUUUCAGUAUGAACUACGGCUGUCAAAGUUAAUGCGUUAAGGACAUUUCCUUGAACGGAACAAAUUUUUUUUCAUGAACGAUUAACGUGCGCAUGUCCUGUUUGACCCUUGGUCCACACCGUAGUUUGAUGAAAAGCAGCCGUGUGGCAAUUGAUGUGGAGCCUAAAGCUGGAACAAAUACUGAGCAGAAAUGGAGAAAGAAAAGGGUAUUUUGAAUGGAGAUGGAUGAGAUUCAUUCCUCAGUGUCGUCCACUGAUGCUCCUCCCACUCUGAGGGAAGGUGAGAUGUUCCACGUCUUCAUCAGCUACAGCAGCACAGACUACCAGUGGACACACGCCCUCAUAGACCAGCUGGAGGCCUGUGGCCUACACGUCUGCUACCACGAGCGCGACUUCACACCGGGCCGCACCGUGCUGGAGAACAUGUCCGAGUGCAUCCAGGAAAGCCAGAAGGUCCUGCUGGUGCUCAGCUCAGAGUUUGUGCGGAGCCGGUGGUGUCUCCUGGAGGCCAACAUGUCUCUGUUCAGAGACUGCCUAGAGAGGAAGCCCAUCGUCCCCGUGCUUCUGGAGCCGGGAGUGAGCGUCCCGCUCCACCUGUGCCACCUCACCUACAUGGAGGCCAGCGAUUCCGAGUUUAUGACCAAGCUGUUAAAGGUGCUCUUCACCCCCAACCGGCAGCUCCAAGGCUCCACGGUGGUUCCCUACCAGCCUCCAUCCAUCUACAACGGCAAGGCCCUGCAGCCGUUAACUGCUGUUAAUGUGGAAAGUCUUUACACGUGGGAUUCGGGUACCUUUAGCGACAUGGACGUACCGGACCAACUGCGCCUGAUCAUUGAGGACCAGGACAAGGAUAGGAAGGCCAUCGCCAUCAUCAAUAGUGUGUCUGAUCGUGAAGUUUGGCUGCGGCCCCUCUGGAUCAGGGUUUUGCUCUACAUUAGUGGUGUGAUAAUGUUCUUCUUAUUAAUUGUAAUGUUUUUGUUUUUGACAGUGGGUGUAAUGGGCAACAUUGUGCCCAGUGGUGUGAACCCUAUCCCCACUGGAGAGUGGGUAACAGUCACCACGUGUUUCUUCUUUGUUCCAAUCGGGGUGAUUGUUCAACUUUCACUCUGGAAAAACGACGACGAGAAGCACGUGGUGAGGGAGAUGCAAAAAGCUGCAGGGCGGGCCAACGCCAUCCUCCAAGAGGAGAAGCUCCUGUUGGGCUGUCGCUCCAAUUCCAAAAUAUAUGUGGUCUAUGUUUCUCUGGACGGAUGCAAGGGCGAGUUUGAGGAGACAUUUGAGCAGCAGGUCAGCCCAGACGAGGUCUUCAAAAGAGCUCUGCUCAUGUUCUCGUCAGGUUACGCCUGCUGCCUCGCUAAAAGACACUUCCCCUUCCCUCAGCCGGACUCCCAUCUGGGUCACCUGGAGGGAGGGGUGUGUUUUUGUCAGUACAUCUCCCAGCAGCUGAGCCGGGGGGAGUGGAAGUGAGAGUAGUUGACAGUGAGCACCGACUUCACAUUUCAGCAUUUUAUUACAUCUUCUCGAGGGACAAUAAUAAAGAAAGCCAGGGUUGGUUGGGCAUUUUAGGUCAAUUUUUUUCAGCUGUUGGAUCACUGUUGGGUGUAAGGUCGAUUGUGUUUUUGGUAUUAGCAUUCAUCAGUAUUAGCAUUGACUAACAACAUAGACUUACAAUACGGUAUGUGUCAAUAUGAGACAAACAUUCUGUUUAUUAUUACUUAUUCUGCAUAUUCACACAAUAUCAUAGGAAUGCCAUGAUAUGUUGUGAUCGUAUUAACCUAUGUCGCAAUGCUCAACUCCAGCUGCAGUCUGUUUUAUAAUGGUAAUUCAUACCAAUCAUUUCAAUGCAGUGUCAUUGUACUGUAUAAAAGAACCUCUCUUGUCUGUUUAUUUUGUCGAAAAGGUACAAUAAUACUUCUCUGCAGCAGUCACUAAGAUUCACAAUCCAUGGGAUAUGUCAAAGUAAAUGAUCAUGCCAUACCAUUCAACUUAUGUACAUAGUGUAUUAUAUAACAUGUCCUCCGAGAGUUAUCUGAACAAAAUUGGUCGUGGAGAGGCAAACGCAGUCUCCAAAGAUCAAUAUUUGCUGUCCUUUUUAGAGAAGGGAUUCAGGAUAUGAGUCCGUCGUAGCAACAAGUGCUAACAAAGUGAUGGGUACACUGUAUCAUGCGUCACAGGGCAGAUAGCUGGGUCACGACACACAAAUCAAUUCAAGUUAAUUGAAGGCAGUGAUAACAAUCUCCUUCUCUCAUCUCCAAAACUGUCUGCUUAUGUCAUUGUGCGUGUUUAUAUAAUGUUUAUAUAAUGAUGACGAUUCACUGACUUCUUUUACUUUAAUAGGACAAAAUAUACAAUAUUAUAUUAUAUGAUUUAUAUAAAAAUGCUGUACGCCCAAAAGUUAAAACAAAAAAUGUUAAGGGAAA